AUGGAGCUGGGGGGCCUGAGACAGACGCCCACGCUGCCGGCCGGCGCGGCGCCUUCGCCUUCUGCCCAUGGCCAGGGCUUCCCCCGCCGCGGCCCCGGCGGCGGCCCUUUGCCAUCGCUUCUUCGGCCUUCUCUCGGAGUUCUCGCGAACGGCCCCGCGAACGGCCUGGGCCUCCUGAGCCUGAUCGCCGCGAGCUUCCUUCACGUUGGCCGAUUUGGCCGCCGCCGCCGCGCCGCCCGCCCGCUUCUUCGGAGCUCUGCUGAAUUUCUGGGACGGCAGGGCCGCUUCUGGCGAUCCUUGGAUUGGAGACGAUGGCACUGGAGCGCCGAAAUGCAGCGAGCAGACACGAUCGUGAUGCCACCGACGAGCAGCGAAGGCCCACAGAGGCGAGUCUCCGAGGAGGAGGCGAGCGGCCAGAAACCGCUGAAAGAAGAAGUCCGUGAGUUUGAGGAGUUUGGGGUGGUGCUGCUCCGCGGGGCCAUCACCGAGUGGGUGCCUUUCUUGAAGGAAGCUGUUGAGCACCAGAUGGAGCACCCACAGGUGUCUGCCUUCGUCACGGGCUUGCGAAGCUUCUUCUCCAUGGACUACGUACAAGCUGGACUCUUCCUCACCAACGACUCCUUCUUCGACUUUUGGAAGAGCUCCAACGUGCCGGCACUUGUGGCCCAGCUCUUAAGGUGCGAGGAGGUGCGCCUCGUUGUGGACCAGCUGAACGUGAACCCGCACUGCCCGCCGUUCACAGAUGCAGGGAAGUUCCACACAGAUGUAGGUGUGAUCUCCGCCGUGGCUCGCGCGGAGGAGGUUGUCCGUGUCUGGAUUCCACUGGAACGCAGCGCGAUGAGGGAGGGCGUUGGGACCUUGGAGUUCAGGCUAAAAGGCGGAGAGCGCCGGAGAUUCGAAGAGGUUGAGCCUGGAGACCUGCUGAUGUUUACGCCAACAAUCCCUCAUCGCGUGCUCUUCCCAGAAAGUGAAAUCUACGACGAAGACCGCUGCGUUCUGAUUGCGAGCUUGUGGGGUGGCGCUGGCGGCGCUGCUGGCGCGAGUGCCGCGAGUGCGAGUGCACCGACGCAGAGCGAAAGCGAGACCCGCUCUCGGUCUCCGAUGGCGGUGCCCGAGUUCCCGCGGCUCUUUCCGACGCUCGACAAAGCCGAGCUCCAAGCGCGCGAGGAGAGGAGGCACCCGCGGGGGGGGGGGGGGGGGGCUAAAGAUCAAUCUCUUUCCCCAAUCACAGCUCACUCCUGA